AUGAACGAAACCAUUCAAGAUAAUGCUAUUCGACAAGAUGAAGAUAUGGCUGAUAUUCCAUUUGAAAUACCAGAGUUGCCAUCAGGUAGUCGAAUGGAAUUACGAUUACUAAGUAAUUGGGGAGAUAAUACCCAUAUUGGGUUGAACGGAAUUGAAGUUUUCAGCUUCACUGGUAAACGAGCAGAAAUCGUCGAGGUAUCAAGUCCGUCACAGAACUUUGUCGGCGAUCCCAAUAGCUUAGUUGUAGAAAAUUAUUUUUUCACCGAUCGACAUAACUUAUGGAAAGCAGAACUGAAUGGAAACGAUCCUGUCAUUGUAACUUUCUUACUACGUGAUGCCACUCAAAUAGCUAUGAUAAGAAUUUGGAACUAUAGCGAGUCAAGAGUUAGAGCUCAGAUUGGUGUUCAUCAUCUAGAGAUUCGUCUUGAUGAUGUUUUGAUAUUUAGAGGAGAAAUGAAUCCCUCAUACAAGAAUAACGAGGAAAUCGAACCUAUGGGUGAUACUGUUCUCUUCACAACAGAUGAAGCUAUCUUGGAACGAAUAGCAGAGAACGAUGUUUGCUUAUUAACCACUCCGUUCGAUAUCAAUGCAGAGAAAGAAUUGAGUGGCAUAGAUACAGAUCCGGAUACUACUGUUCAGCUAACUCCAUACAGGCCGAGCACCGCCGAGAUAACGCCAAUAACGAAUUUGAGUUUGAAUGACAAACCUGUGGUCAAGCAUCGUGUUUUUGAACAACCAGUCAUGAAAGUGAAAGUUCUUCACCUUGAAAUCUUGGCUAACUGGGGUCAUCCGGAUUUCGUUGGAUUGACCGGAAUUGAAAUCAUUGGUCCGAAGGGGAAAACUAUAAAAUUCGAUGAGAUCUGUAUCAGCGAAUCUACUGGAACUGAUGUUGGAGUGCUCUUGAAUGGAAGAAACCUAACUAGAUCACCAAGUGACAUGUGGUUACUGCCAUGUGACAACGUCCAGAAAGUGAUUCCGACAAUCAUAGUGAGGUUCACGGAUUAUGUUGAAAUUCGAGGUGUCUCCGUAUGGAACUACAAUGCAUCAUCUGAGUUAUCAUAUGCUGGGGUUCGAGCAAUGAAUGUAUAUACUAAUGGAAAGCUUACCUCAUCGAAUGUGCUUCUUCGCAAAGCACCAGGUUUUGUUUAUUUCGAUUUCGUGCAAGAUGUUCUGCUUGAUCCAAAUCAGUUGUUUGUGCCUUCUCCUAUACGACCAGCCACCUACAGCAUCAGUGGAUUCAUUUUCCAAGUUCGCUUGUUAUCAACAUGGGGUGAUGAAUUCUACAUCGGCUUGAAUGGAAUUGAAUUGUUCAACACGAAGGGUGAACGAAUACGUCUUAAGACACAUAACAUGGCAGCUUUCCCAGAAUCUGUUAAUAUCUUGCCGUCGGUUGAGAAAGACCCCCGUACAAGUGAUAACUUGAUAAAUGGGGACAAUGAUACAGAGAAUCCUUGCAACAUGUGGCUGACACCUCUUCUGCCAAAUCGGUGUGCACGGGUCUUUUUCAUUUUCGACGCCCCGAUGUAUGUGUCUAAGAUGAUCAUAUACAACUAUCGUAAGACUCCAGCUCGUGGAGUUCGACAUCUCUCGAUAACAGUUGACGAUCUCAUCGUCUACUCUGGUGAAGUUCCCCAGAGUUCUGAGAAACAGACAGGAAUUCUUUCUAUUGAUUUACGAGAACACAAUUGA